UCUCCUCUGAUCAUUGCUUAUAUAUAAAAGGAAACAUAACAACCAGCUGGAGUCCAUGACCCCGACAUGCACGCCACACUCUUCAUCGACGAGUGCCAUCCCAAACGCCUGGAACGUGGCGCACGACGCGCUCCUUCGCGAACUCAGCGCGAGUCAGAGCUCUACAAUCUACAUGGCCUAACAACCAGCAUGUGCUGCUAACUAACUAACAGAAUGACCUGUGCACAAGCCAUGUGCUGCUAACUGACAGAAUGUCCUGUGCACAAGAAUUAUUCAACAGGCAGGGCCCCCAUCUCCCUCUCCCUUUCCCCUUUGCUCGUCCGUCCUUCCAUUUCUUCACGUCGCUUGUUUCCGGUGGCGCAAUCGACGCACGUCCGCAGCCGCGAAGCGGAGCUCCGGCGAGCUCCGCGCCGCCAACGCCUGCUCCACCUCAAGCUGCAAGGUCCCCCGUCACCACGCGCGCCUCGCGCGCUCACGCCGGCCUCCCUGCUCGCUCUGACGAGGCCCUGCCUGCCGUGGUUGCCAGGGCCGAGAGGGAGGAGCAGCUCGCCAAGGCCCGCGCGGACCUGCUCCCCAAGGAGGAGGAGCUCGCCAGGACCCGCGCCCAUCUGCUGGAGACGCGGGAGCAGCUCACCGGGGCCCGCGCGAGGCCGCCUGGGGCAGCGGCGCCCGGAGCAGGAGGCGGCGGCGGCGGGUGCUAGGCUGCGCCGAGGGCAGGCUGUCGCCGUUGAGGUCUGACGGCGCGGCUACAGUCGCCCAGAUAGCGCAUGCCCUGGUGCUCCUGAUCUUCGUCUUCGUCUUACCGUGUUUUUUCUUUUUAUCUUUUGAUUUUCCGGGCUCCCUUUCAAUCGAUCUAUGCUCUUGCUGCAGCCGGCAUCGGGAGGCGACGCGGCGGUGGCGGCGAAGCGAAAGAGAGACGACGACGCUGAAGCUGCAGCCCGAGCUGAAUAUGAAGCGAGGCUUAGAGCGACCUUACGCGAAGCUACCAAUAUGGUGAGGAUGGCCAGGCAGGCCGCGGAGGAAGAGCGGCUGCGGCGGGAGCAAGGCACGAGUUGAGCACCUCCAUCUCCAUGGACGACGACGGGGCGCGUGCCGCCGGUGGCCGGGAGGGGAAACGACCGAGUUCAGGGGGCCUUUUGCAAAUACUGAAUUAGAAAGGGAAAGUCAAGUUCUGUCCCUGAUGGCGCGAUUCAUGCCGCCGCCGCCGCGAAGCGGAGCGCCGGCGACCUCCGCGCCGCCGGCGACCGGCUCCACCGCGAUCUGUACGGCCCCCAUCGCCAUUUCGUGCUUCCGUUGGUCUGGGUUCCACACCUCGCUCGCCACGCUGACAAUGGCCUCUGGGCCUCUGCUCGUCAGGACACAAGGACACAGGAGCGGCUCGCCAGGGACCGUACGGAUCUCCUUCAAUUCUCAAGUUCCAUCACGCGGCGUCGAAGAUUAAAUAAGGAUUAAAAAUAAGUCACCGGAUCCGAACAUCCGUGGAUGGAGUGCGUCGUCGGCCCACCAAGCGUUAGAGGGGCCCAUGAUUUAGAAGGAGCCCAUCGCGAACCGCCGGUUGCCACGCCAGAUCCAUGGCAUGUCGCCCUCUUGUAAUCAAAUCGAUCGCGGCUCAUCUAGGGCAUGUGCUGUAUAAAGCGGCAGCACCGCCGAUCCCCCCACCGCCACGCAGAAACCCUAGAGAGACCGCUCGAGCCCUCCGCCGCUCGUCUCCUCCUCGAGCUCUCUCCCUCCCAGAUCCGGGAUGAAGUUUGUUGCUGCGUAUCUGCUUGCUGUCCUCGCUGGCAACCCCAGUCCCUCCACGGAGGAUUUGUCGGCCAUUUUGGAGUCAGUUGGCUGUGAAGUUGACAAUGAAAAGAUGGAGCUCUUGUUGUCCCAGCUGAGUGGCAAGGACAUUACUGAGCUCAUUGCUGCAGGCAGGGAGAAGUUUACUUCCGUCCCAUGCGGCGGCGGUGGUGCCACUGUUGCGGCAGCUGCCCCAGCUGCUGGUGGCACUGCUCCUGCAGCUGAGGCGAAGAAGGAAGAGAAGGUGGAGGAGAAGGAAGAAAGCGAUGAUGACAUGGGCUUCAGCCUCUUCGACUAGGAUCAGAGUUGUGUCUUUUGGGCUGGAAAACCAGUAGUCAUGAUGUUUGGAUUUCAAACCUUGUUUUAUUUUGCAAAUCACUGGAAAGACUGUUGCUGUCUUGAUAUGUAGUAAUUCAGCUGUAGGUCGCUAUGUUGGUUGGGGUUUACUGGUGAACCAGAGUUUUCCCUAUCAUAUAUAUAUCCGAUGAAUUGGUUG